CACACACACACACACAUACACACUCGAUAAACAUUCGCGUUCAUAUGAUAACAAGCGCGUUAUCAAAAAACGCUCCCAGUUGUGAAUUAGCAACAAAAACAAGCACGUAAACAACCCAACGAAUCAAUCACGUGCACAGCUGUUCCCCCCCCCCCUUACUCUACCUUUCUCUCUCUCGCUCGCACUCGCUCUCUAGCCAGAUUAGCAUUCUUUAACCGCAAGUCAGCCAGCUUCAGGUUUGCUUCCUCUUCAAAGUUACCGCAGAGAUUUGCGAUCAAAAUGAGGGGAAAAUGAAAUCCUUUGCCAUUUCCUGCACUCAUUUGUUGACCCAAACGCACCUCCCCCUACCUCAACAAUGUGCCACGCCCCGUUGGACACGUGCUGUGUAAGUAGGCCAUAGGCAUGAAAAAUUAUUUAAAUCGAUUUUCCAUUUCCGAUUUUGUGUUGUGUGCGCUAAACGCAAUUGGGGAAAAUUUUAAAACGCGGCCUCAACUGAACCCCAAUAAAGUUUAGCGACCCUUGGCAUAAAUACGUGACAAACCCAAGGGGAGCAACUUAAAGAGAGCGAGAGGGAGGGAGAGCAAGAGCUAUAGAAAGAGACAGAGACAGAGCAAGUGCAGCAGCCCACAGCGACGACGACGACGUCGACUAUUGAUUAAACACAAGAGGGUUGAGAGAGGGCAGCGAACAGGUUGUGUUAGCACUGCGGGGGAGAAGGCGGAGAGGGGGAAGGGAGAUUGGGUUGGCAACACACGUUUGAUUACCGCGUGUAAACAGCGGCAAGAGGCAACUUUCGCAAGGACUUGUCGUCGUCGUCGUCGUUUCAUUGGCUUUUAUGCAUUGUGCAACUCGCUUCAAACGCUGUUGCAACAGUCACAUGUCUAAAGACGCCGCAACAGCAACUGAGGCACUCGCCAAGGGGGCGCGGCAGCAGCAGAAGGCGACGCCCCCACCGAAGCCCCAGCGUGGCAAAAGGAAGCCAUCGGCCACGCCCACCAGCAUACUGUGUGAACUGAUGCGCCUCAAGGCACAACAAAAGUACCUCGAAUGCAAUCAAGUCAAGCUGAAUGCCAGCAAUUUUCUCGAUGACAACGACCCUGGUGGCGACAUCGACAUCGACAUCGGUGCUGGGGAGGAUUCACUCCACACGGCAAGUCGAAGACCUUCGAGCGGUCCCAAAGUCAGCAGUCUCAUCAAUGACAUCGAUCGCCUUAAGCUUGAACUCGACGAGAAACUGCAAAAGUAUCGCAUCGAUAAACGUGGCCAAUUGCAGGACAUGUGGCACUACAUGCAGACCCUCAAGGAGGAUGUCUUCAAGCCCGAGCGACUAAGUCUCUACACAGUUAAUGCUGUGAGGGAGCGCAUUAUAGGGCUGAAUGGUCAACUGGAGCGACUCAACGUGCAAAACUCCAAGGAAUUGGAAUCCCUGAAGCAGGAGUUUGACCAAAUGGAGCGGGAGAAUAAAUUCGUGUGGAAGGAUAGCAUGUGAUGAAAGCGUAGAGUAGAAAUUUACGACCAGAAGCACAACUUUUUUAAUAAAGAAAGAAUGAAUAAUAUAUAUAUUAUUUCUCUUAAGUUUUCUUCUUAUUUGU